AUGAAGCAAUCUAUACUUACUUCCCUUGUAGCUCUCGCAGCAUCAUGCUCGGGAGUCCAAGCUGCUGAUGGCUUGGUCAACGUGCCAGUUAACCUUUGCGCAGCCAUCCUCGGAAAGGCUGAAUGCGAGCAGAAGACAGCCACCGUCGAUGGCUUGAUCAGCGUUCCUGUCAAUGCGUGUGUUGCAGUCCUUGGAAAAGCUACGUGCGAGCAGGUUUCCUUGUCUUCCAGGAGCCUCGGCGGUGGCCUGAUCAACGUUCCCGUCAAUCUUUGCGGAGCUAUUCUUGGAGAGGCCGAAUGCAAGCAGAAAGCAACCACCGGCAAUGGUUUAGUCAACGUGCCCGUUAACGCGUGUGCUGCGGUUCUCGGAAAAGCCAAGUGUGACCAGGUCGCUUCCACCGGCAGCAGUGACGGCGACGGUGGCCUGAUCAACGUCCCCGUUAAUGUUUGCGCAGCCAUCCUGGGAGAGGCUGAAUGCAAGCAGAAGGCAACUACCGCGGAUGGGUUGGUCAAUGUGCCGGUUAACGCAUGUGCUGCAGUCCUUGGAAAGGCUAAAUGCGAUCAGGUCGCUUCCACUGGUAGCCACAGUGGCAGCGAUAGCGGCAGCAGCAGUGACCACGGCAGCCUGAUUAAUGUGCCCGUUGGACUGUGCGCAGCUAUCCUUGGGGAGGCCGAGUGCAAGCAGAAGACAGCCACCAGCGGUGGCUUGAUCAACGUCCCUGUCAACUCAUGUCUGGCUGUCCUUGGAAAAGCCAAGUGUGACCAGGCCUCUUCCUCUUCCGGUGGCGGCGAGGGUGCCCUCAUUAACGUGCCGAUCAACGUCUGCCUCGCUGUCCUCGGUGAGGCUCACUGCCAUCAGAGCUCCGGAUCCAAUGGUGGUCUGGUUAACAUCCCCAUCAACCUGUGCUUAGCCGUUUUGGGUGAGGUUGAUUGCCAUGAUACGCCCCCCACGGUCCCGGUUGUGCCCGGUGAGACUACCACCCCUGUUGUCGUUGUGCCGGGUCAGACUACCACCCCUGUUGUCGUUGUGCCGGGUCAGACUACCACACCUGCUGUCGUUGUGCCCGGUGAGACCACCACCCCUGUUGUCGUUGUGCCGGGUCAGACUACCACACCUGCUGUCGUUGUGCCCGGUGAGACCACCCCUGUUGUCGUUGUGCCGGGUCAGACUACCACACCUGCUGUCGUUGUGCCCGGUGAGACCACCACCCCCGCCGUCGUUGUGCCUGGCAAGACCACCAUUCCCGGUGUUGUAUCCGGCGAGUCUUCCAUCCCCGCCUGGACUGGCCCUGCGGGACCUGCCUCUGUACCCUCUUACGGCGGUGCCUCUGCUUCGGUUCCUACAUACACCCAUGUUCCUUCCGUCACCGUGGGACGCUCAUCCCCCACUGGCGCCUGGACCCGUGUCACCCCCACCUUCACCAGUGCCGUCACUGUCUGCAACGCUGCCUGCCAAGCAUCCAAGGCUUCUACCGGCCUUGUUGCUCAGACUUCCCCUACUUCGGGUGGCAGCGGCAACAAGCCUAACGCUACCCCCAGCCCCAGCAUUAUUCCCUUUAACGCUGCUGGCCGGGCUACUUUGUCCGGUGUUGCCGUGGUGUUCGGAGCUGUUUGCGCUGUCGCCAUGCAGAUCUAA